AUGCCAGCACGAUUCCCAGACAAGACAGUGGCAGCAAACGCGUCCGAUUCUUCGUCGGACUCGCUACCCCGAACCUGUUGUCUCCUCGUCGCGAGAAACGGACGGGACGUUUGGACGAUUGGAUCCAACGUGAUCCUCAAGAACAAGGUCCACUACCCGGGCUGCGACGUCGAAGUAGCCAACUUGGAUUUCGUGUCGGAACAGAUCGAGACUCCCGUCUCCAAGAUUUUGUACUCUUGGCGUGAGUCGGACCGCCUCUACACUCUUCAGGAGCGCGUGGCCGGUGUGCCGCUCGCCGACGCCCUGCCGCGUCUGUCCCAGAAGGACCUCGCUCGCAUUGGCGAGCAGUUAGGCUCAUUCCUUGCCCAGCUUCGCGGCAUCACUAACCAGACAAUGCAGAUGCUGGACGGCCGAACUGUCAUCGAUCGUCGUCUGCUGAAACCCUUGGCCGCCGCAUCCGAGCGCGAGCAGGAGCCCAAGGUGAUCAGUACCGACGAGGGGGUGGCCGAGGCUCUCGCGCUUCGCAUCCGGGGCCACGUUGACGAGACGACGCUCGCCCGGCUGAUGGCGCGGAUGCCGACCGCCACACCAUUCACUUUCAGCCACUCGGACCUUCACGAGGGCAACGUCAUGGUCAGCGACGGGCAGUUUACAGGCUUGAUUGAUUGGGAGCUCGCGGGCUUCUACCCAGUCUGGUGGGAGACAGUGAAUGCCACCCCGGUGCUCGACGGCCAUCUGCCGGAGGAGCUUGGUCACCCUGACGCGCUGAAGUGGUUUGAUGUGUACCACGCUGUGCGUGAUGCGCCUGAAAGUCAUGAGACUGUGGAAAAGCUGCAAGAGUAUCUUGGUUCCUGA